UUUUUUAAACAUACUUCUGUUUCACUGUGUUUUCAAUGUAAUAAAACCUAGAUUUUUUCCAUAUCUUUUUCCUGAUAAUAUUUUUAGCAGCAUCUGUCAAAUGCCUACCUGGAGGGUGAGUCUUUUGUUCCCACAAGAGUAACUCUCAUGUUAAAAUGAGUUUCUUUCCUUGAACCAGCUUCUUUUGGCAUUUCUCGGUAAGUCUCUCUGCCAUUGUCUCAGCUGCCAGCUAAAGCUCCUUCUGUGUUUUUGAUUGACUUUUCUUUCCACAUACACAGCUCAGAGAGCUAAGAGGUGGCACUGCUGUUUCAUUGCCCUCCUUCCACUUUGCCCAAUUUCAAAGUUAACCCACUGACCUCAGGUACAAAUUGCCUUAGCAAGGACAUCAUUAAACCCAUCAUUUCUUGAUGGAUGUACAAUGAACAUCUAGAGUAACAGCACCCAUAUGGUCCCUUGGAUUUGAGCAGUAAAUCCUCAUACAUUUUUGCAGUUUCAUGCAAUUUUUCAACAGCCUUGGGAAACUUUGUGGUUGGCAUCUGCACCAGAGUGUGUUUCAAAAUGGCAAUUCUUGAGGGAAAGCACAUGCUUAUAUAUUUCUAAUGUAUUUAAUUAUCAUCCUCAUUCCUUUUCUAGAUCAAUAAUUAGACUUUCAAAGUACAACUCAAAAACCUACCAAAUCACAUCCUUCUCAGUUUUCUUGAAAAGUAAAAUUAAGUGAUGUGAUAUGAUCAGAGAUGUGUCUUAACAACCUAUAAGUAAGUAUUUUUCUACCAUGUCUGUGAAUAUUAGUCGUAUGGAAUAACAUCUAGAAGGCUGCAUCUAAAAUUGUAAAAGAAUAUGCUGCAUAAUCUAGGAAAGAGCAUUGAUCAACUUCUCUCUUAAAAGGCAUAGUUUUGUCACCAGAAAUCACAGGGAAUACUUCCACAGUGAGGUGCAUUCAGUGUGAAAGCUGUAGAGAGUUAAAAAUAAAUUAUUCCAAUGUAUUAAAAAACAGCAAAUACAAACUAACCUAUAAUCUGGCACUUCUAUGCCAGAAUUUGCCAUCCACAGACACACGUCAUGUUUCUCCAGGAGUGUUCAUAGUGUGAAAAAAAGUAUUAUAAAUAUCAUACUAUCAGUCUUUUUCUCAGCAUGGCAUUAAAACUGGAGCUGUUUAAAUAGCAAAGUUCAACAUUUUUAUAAACUGAGGAUACCAGAACAGCCUCAGAUUAUUGAUUUUUUAAUGAAUGACAUAGUUAAUAAUGAAAUUGUUAAUAUAAAAAUCAUUGAAAUAUUCCUUCUUUAGUGUGGCUGAAAGAUUUUGUUCAUUAAGUUCUCUUUUGCUUAUGUUAUAAAUUGUAAGUUGUAGAAAUGUAAGCAAGAAAGUAUGAAGAUGCUUGCUGAGAAGAAAGGUCUAAGUUUUAUCAGAACAAAUCAUCUCAUAGUUAAGGCAUUUAAGCUUCUAUGAAACAUUUUAGUUCUGUGAAUUUAGACUAUUCUGACAUGAAAUCGUAUUUCAGAAAACUCUUAAUUAUUGUUUGGAUGAAUACUUAACCUUUUUCACUUAAAACCAAAAUGUGAUUUACAGGCCUGAACUACCACAUUCUAUUUAUGAUCUGCAAGUUAUACUACACUGCUGGGUCAGAGCCCAUUUCUACAAAUAAUGUCUCAAGUGUGUCUUGGCCUGUGUAGUGGAAAGCCUGUAAGAAUUAUGAUUUGGCUGUGUGGUGAUAGAAGCACACUCUGCCACCUCAGCUCCCUCACUACUUGAGAAGGCAGGCAGGGAUAGUAUGGCCUGAAAAGGGAAAGGACAGAUUCAAGCUUCCACUUGAUUAAUAUGCAAAAAGUGGUGUUCAGCCAGUGCAAGUACUUUUCCUGAAGCGAGCGGUUGUGCAUUAGCUGGUGCCAAGUCCCUGAAAAAAUUUGGUGUUAUAACAGGGGAAAUGCAGUUCCUUAUUUAUUACACUCAGGUUCCUUCAUCCUUAGUCCUUAGACAAUUGACCUGAUUGAAACUGCUUUGGAUCGGAAACUAUGUUAGAUCAUUCUUUGUAGUAGGAAAAGUAAUCAAUUUUCUCAUUUACAUAUCUGACAAUUCUAAGAUGAAAUGUCAUCCUGUGAAGUGAUAGACUGUGUCUAAAGACUCAGAAAGAUGAGCUCUUUCUGCUAGUGAUAAAGUGAUAAGCAGUGGAGAUGGAAAUCAGUACUAGAGAUCUUUAUUCUCAAAUUCUAGAAGACUGGUAGAAUUUAAAGUUAAUGAUAACAUUACCAAGGGACUCCAAUACAUUCCAGUAGUGCUCCAGAGUUCUGUCUUUCCAGGCACUGAAUGCAUGUCCAUUUCCACUGUACGAUUUCACAUUACAGUUGAAGUAAUAUAUUCAACUCCUUUCUACUAUGCCGUUUUGCAGUCCUAGCAAGGUUACACUUUUUCGUGGUACAGUAGUGUUAGUCCCAUCUAGCCUGAGAAUGUCAGUGAAAAUAUUCUCAGUAUAUGCCUUUCAUGCCUGAUAGCUUUCUGCUUUCUUUACCCCUUCUUUCUUUACUAUCAUCACUAUUGACUAUGUUCUGUUAUUCCCCAAUGUUCUGUUUUUCCUUGAUGUUGAAUAUCAAGUGCCAUUUAAAACAGCUUCCCUGGCAUAGAAGGACAUGAUGUUAUUUUCUGAAGAGAAGAUUACAUUAAUGUAGAUGGGAGACCAGCAUUUUUCCACUCCAGUUCGUUGCGUGCCACUUCCUUCACUGACACCUGCUUCUGCUGUCUUUCCCAUCUUUCUUCUUGCACGCAGAUCACUGCUCUUUCUGGACUCCCUUCUAAUUAGAGCUACAAAAUAGGUGAAGACUAAGUGCAUUUCCUUUGCAAACAUACUUUUAAGCCCUAUCUUUACAAUGGUUAUGUGCUUUUCGCCACUUCGUUAGGCUAAAGAAAUGAAUACUUCUUGGUGCAGAUAGCUGCUUUAGCUGAAACUGAAUGUCAGAAAAAUAGACUCAGCACUUCAAGGGCUAACUCAGCUACCAAGCUUCUCCACACUUUGACCAUUCUGUCUAUUCUGUCCAUCUGAAACCUUACUCACUCCUCUCCUGUAUUCGGGAUACAGGGCUCCAGACAGAUUCUCUCUCUCCUCCGCCCUAAGCCAGAUGUCAUCCAUCAAGUCUUCAUUCGACUGGACAGGCCAACCUGAUGAAUGAACCAGCAAGGAGGGGGCCAUCUGAUAAUACUCUCAGCAUAAUGGCAAAGCAUAGUGGAUUCAGCCGGCAGAAGCAAGAAGUAUAUCUACUGCCAAUCAUAAUCAGUGAUAGUGGGAAUCCUCCCAUGAGCAGCACUAGCACUCUCACUAUUCGAGUCUGUGGUUGCAGCAGUGAUGGUAUUGUGCAGUCCUGCAAUGUUGAAGCAUACGUACUUCCCAUUGGACUAAGUAUGGGAGCCCUAAUUGCAAUAUUAGCAUGCAUCAUUCUGCUGCUAGUCAUUGUAGUGCUGUUUGUAACACUAAGAAGACAUAAGAAUGAGCCUCUAAUCAUUAAAGAUGAUGAAGAUGUGAGGGAAAAUAUUAUUCGCUAUGAUGAUGAAGGAGGUGGAGAAGAAGAUACAGAGGCUUUUGACAUUGCGACUUUGCAAAAUCCGGAUGGAAUUAAUGGAUUUUUGCCUCGUAAGGAUAUUAAGCCUGAUCUUCAGUUUAUGCCCAGGCAGGGUCUUGCACCUGUUCCUAAUGGUGUUGAUGUGGAUGAAUUUAUUAAUGUAAGGCUUCAUGAAGCCGAUAAUGAUCCCACAGCUCCACCAUAUGACUCUAUCCAGAUUUAUGGCUAUGAAGGAAGAGGGUCAGCGGCCGGUUCCCUUAGCUCAUUGGAGUCCUCUACAUCAGACUCAGAUCAGAAUUUUGACUACCUCAGUGAAUGGGGUCCUCGCUUUAAAAGACUUGGAGAACUUUACUCAGUUGGAGAAAGUGACAAAGAAACUUGACAGGGGAUAACAAACUUUUUCACUGUUGACUUAAUGAUCAUGUAAUAUUCUAGGGCCACUGCUGUUAGUUAAAACUAAUGUGGCUUUUUGUUUUAGAGGCAAGUUUAGCGCCAAUCAUCUAUAAAAUCAAUUACAUUGUAAUGUUGAACCAAAAAAAAAAAAAAGUAUAUGUUAGGAGGUUAAGUCUUGUGGAGUGUGAAGUAAAGUAUGUGGAGUGUCUAUAAGUCUUUGGAUAUUUGAUAUUCACUUGACCACUCUAAAUAUGGGGAUUUUGAUCUUUGAUUAUCUUCAGUGAAUUGAAAAGAACAAAAAGCAAUCGGUGCUUUCUUAGAAAAUGGACUUGCAGGGAUUUUGCUGUUGAACAGUAGCUCCUGCCAGUAUGUGUAAAGCUAAUGGUUUGUUUCUGCAUUGCCAACAAAGAUCCCACCACAGAAAUGUUACAAGCAAUAUCUUGGUUUUCAAAGCAAUGCUGAAUAGAAACAGCAUUGUAAAUUCCUACUGGCUUCUACUGUGCAGUGACCAUACAUUGUACAUACAAUAUCAUUGGCCAUGUAACCACAGACUGAAUAUCAUCUUUAAAUAUUGUGUCAAGCCUUAAAAUAUUCACAUGUUCUUAAUCCAUUCCAGUGAUGGGUAAUAAAUCCUACUAAUGUCCAGAGAUUCAAAGGCAGGGCUACAAAACCUUGCUGUAAAAAGGGAUCUUUUUAUAGAAGAAGGUUCAAUUCUGUGUUUCGUCUUCUGAAAGUAAAAAAAAAAAAAACAACUGUUAAAGGGGAUGUACUUAUAUGAAAGAAUUGCUGAUUUUAUUGCUAAAGAUUGAAUUUAUUUGUUUAAUCUUUGAAAUAAAUAUUUUAUUGAUGUCCAUUGCUGCUUUUAUUUAUUAAGCCUGGUAAUCUAUAGAGUAAGAUUAUGAAGAAAACUAAAUUAUAUCUGGUAGAUCUUUUUCUAUAUAUAAUGAAUGUUUAAUACAUGUACGUUUUGAAAAGAAAAAUGACAAAUGGUUGCCGGAAAAAGCAGUUACCUAUCCAUUUGCAGUAGCUGAAUUUUGAGAGAAUGCUAGCAGAAAUAAAACUUUCCCACAGAAAACUUUUGGCAGUUUUAUAUCUUCAUCGUAAAUCUAGUUCCUGGUGUUUUUAAUACAAGCACAAACAGCUGGAAGUAAACUGGUUCAUGUGAAUAUUUAAACUAUAGACUUUUAGAAAUCCACACAUAACACAGUACAGUAAAAAACAUGCUUAUAGUUCUCCACUGUAUUAGAGCAGGAACCAGUGUGUACAUAAUUUUACUGCUUACGUUAUUAGCAUUUCUUUUCUAUAAUAUUCAUAGUGAUGCACCAGGGCUCUUGCACACAGAGAAAGAACACUAGAAGCUGCAAGUAUACUCAAUUUGUAAUGCAAACUUGCCAUUUAGAAGUAGCAAUUGUAUAAUAAAACUACGUAUUACAUGCAAAUCAUUUUAAUUUUCUACUUUGUUUUGAAGCUAUAUUAUUGUUUGUUUAUUUACUCCAUGUAUUGUAUCCAGAGAAACUCCUGUAUUGUUUCCUACUUUGUGAAAUAUAUUUUUAUAAAUA